CAAAACAAACUAACCUGACUAACCCUUACUACAUAUUAGGGUGGUGAAGAGUAUUUAUAGAACUCUUCUCCUAAUACCAAACAGAAAACCAAAUAUCUUUUUCCAAACAUACAAGGAAAUGCCAAAACCAAACAGAUAGAUCCAAAACACAAAACAAACUCAAAUCAAAUUCAAGUCAUAUCCUAACACUGGCUCCAUCCUAUCAGUAAUGCUAUUAUUUCCCUCCUAACUUCAAGAAAUUUUGAACGUUCCGUUCUUGGACAUCAGACAUGAUCCUCGUAAUAAAUUAAAUAAAUGAACAUUGAUGCAAACUACAGGUAGGAAUGUUACGUACCCAACAUAAACAUUAUCAGCUUCUCGCAUAAUUUAUUUCUUCAUCUAUUUUUUUUUUUUUUGGCCUAGCAAUUUAUUUCUUCCUUAUUUCAACGUUGAUUUCAUGGGCUGUUAAUUAAGCGAUAUACUUUGGGUAAGGUUCAAUCUUUACAUAUUUCCGGCGGCUUUGUAUGAAUAUGAAUUUCUUUGCUUAUUUGGUUUAGAGACAUGUGCCGGUUUCUUUUCUACCCAAGAUUGUUAAACCCCUAUCGAAUCUCCGGUUGGACACGGUCCGGCCCGAGUCGAGCUUGAAAACGAUCUUCAGAAAGCCCCCUCAGUCUGACCCCUACAAAGUGAGAAGAAGAGAGAGGAAGAGAAGAAGAGGAAGAAAGAAGGGAGAUGGUGGGUGGAUCAUGAAGGUUAGUUAGAUUUAUUUUGUGAAAAAUAAGUUUUUAAUAUAUAUAUAUAUACAUAUAUAUAUGAUAAAUUUUAUUUCGGUCAUUAUAUCUAAUUACUACCUUAUUUGUAUAUAUAUAUAGAAAAUAUCUAAAACGGCUCAAACCGGCUGGACCCCGAUCAGACCAUUAAACCUCAAACCCCUUGCUUAACUGGCUCAAUGACUUAAACCGGUUUGACAACCUUGCUUCUACCAAUAAGAUCUCAAUUAGCAUUGCAACUUAAUUAGCUCUGGAUAAAAGGUUUGCGUUUAGCUAUUCCAAAAACCAAUGUUGUCAGAAGUGAACCGGACUAUGACCGAUAAUGUGAACGGCUCGAUCUUUAGCAGUCCAACCGACAUUAGACUGUUUAAAAACCGUUAGAGAAUCGGUACCUAAUAAACAAUCAAUAUAAUGGACAUUUCUUAAUGAGAGUAAACCAUGACUAAAUUAGUAAAUUACACUCUUAACAAUUCUAGAACAUGAGUACCAAAAGUUUUAAAAUUCAAUUACAAACCACCACAUUGUUCCAAAAUAAAAGCAACGUCACACUAGUCUAAACAUGAAACAAGAGUUGAAGCAAUAGAGCUCGGUGUUGUUGAUGGGUACCACUAUAUGGAUUUGGAUUACUCAUAUGCAAAAGAAACACCAAAUCAGACAAAUGAAAUGGGCUCAUUCUCUACCAAACAAAUGCAAAAAAAUCAAUUCCCUGCCUCCAGUUAAAAUGCAAACCGUGAUUCUCUACCAAGGCAAGUUAAAAUGUUAAAUAAUCAGCUCCCUACCUUGUAAGGUUUUUGCAAUUGCAACCGUGUGUAUAUCGAUAUUAAUAGGGGUAUAUAUACCCAAAGAUAUUACAGUGUACAAGUAGGAUUGGAAUACUAAAGACAACUAUAUAAGAGGAAUACAAAUAUGAUCAGGACAAAGACUUGUCCCUAAUAGACCUCAUGCUAAAAUCAGCUAACAACAUCAUUUCUUAAAGAGUAUGAGUUUUCCAAAUGUUUAUGUUGGAAUUGAACAAGAACCCACACGAAAGUUAAAGAAGGAAUCAACAAUUCAAUACCUUACCUCGUCGUCGUUGAGCAGGGCAGUGGCCGGCGGAGAUUAUGCAGAGGUGAGACGAUCGGAGCAGGAGCAAGAAGAUGAGGAGGAGCUGCUACGGGAUAGCGAUGGCGACGAUGGCGAGCGGGGUGGGGAGCUACUACGGCCUACAGGGACCGACGAUGGCGAGCGAGGCAAGGAGCUACUACAAACGGGAUAUGACGAGAGGAAGCGAUGGCGAUAGCGAUGACGACGAGAGAUGACGACGCCGGGACGGGAGAUGACGCCGCCGACUGGGAAGCGAUGGCGAUGACGAUGUCACUGCUAUUCACUCUAUUCGCGAAGAAGACGAAAGGAGAUGAAUUGAAAUCGGUCGCUAGGGUUUUCUUUCUUUGCAGCCCAGCCCGACAAUUUGCGUUUUUGUUUGUGUUUUUUAUUAAAUCAAAACGGCCGGAAGUGGUGAAAAUCGAGCGACAGGCUCAACUGGCUCAAUCGGUUAACUGCUCCGGCCGGCAUCCAGCCGCUUCAAAAAGCCAUUUCGGCUAAAGAGUUGAAUCGAACCGGUUUUCUGUUCUGAUACCGAUUUUACCGGUCUGACCGGCCAGCUCGAUUCGAAUUUAAUAACACUACCAAAAACUUAUGUGAGAAUUCAGAAUUGAAAUACUUGGAUUGAGAUUUGAGUUCGAAAUGCGUCAAUCUCUCAAAUCUUUUUCAAUUCCCAUAUUUAAUAAUAUUUUCCGUAUUUAAUUUUCCCAUCCGUCCUUCAAGUUAACUUUUGUCUCGCUCGCUCCACUAACGACAUCCUAAAAAUGGUAGAGAGGGCGGCUUGACUUGUACACAAAGACUUAUAUAGGAGUCGACCAACUAAUUAAGUCAAUUCACCAUCCCAGCUGACAUCUCCCUUUACUAUCAAGGAACCAGCUGGAGAUACAAAUUAAGAAAGGGUCCCAUUUGCCCAAUUCCCACCUACAUGCAAACUCAAGUAAAUAAGGUGUAGCAAUGCCUCAUUUACCGCGAGUAAGCAAACUUUCUAUAUACUUUGAAUUGAUCGAAUUUUGAGAUAUUAUAUCAUAAUCUAAAUCUUAAUGAUUGAAACUAUGUUCAAAUUCACUAAAUCUUAUACAUUAAGAGCCACUUAAUUGUUCCGUAAGAAAAUCAAUUUAAAUUUAUUGAAAUAUGUGUAGGGUUUAUUAUCUAGACAAUUAUUAAAGGUUCAAAUAGAGAUAGGAUUCAAUCAUUAAAGAUUAAAAUACAGUAUACACCUAAAUGUGAGUUAACAAUCCCCGCAAUCUUAGGGGGUCUUCCUUGACAUCCUCAUUUGGCUGGCUUUGGCUAUAUAUAUAUAUAUAUGGCUGAGAGAGAUUAGAAAAUGAAUGAUAUAUCAUUUUUUCACACACACCGUCAAGUGAAAAUGAAUCCAUUAUAAAUUUAAAGUUUACACACGCCACUAUAUCAUGUAAUUAAAUAAAGUAUUACUAUUCGAAGUUGUGAAAAUUCAAAUAUGAGACUCAAUCAAACACUCUAAUACCAGUCUAUUAAAAAAUAAACACUUACUAUUAUGUCAAUAACUAAUUACUCGUAAUAUAUAUAAAUUUUGAGAGGAAAUUAAUAUAAUUCUUAUACCACUUUUAGAACUCUUCGAUAUCGAAACUUUUUAUGCCAGCUGGAUGGAAUCUCCAGGAAUAUUCAAAAGGACAAAAACAGAAUCAUACACAUGGACGGCUCAAUGUAUAUUUAAAUUGAAUCAACUAAUUAAGUACGACCGGCCAUGCCAUUCCUUAGUUUCGUUAUUUCUUUGUUGCCGGAUAUGGCAGUCACAGUCCUUUUUGCUUUAAUUGGAUAUGUUUUUAAUUUUGUAUGCUAUUAAUUAUUUUAUUGAUUCUUCUUUUAAAGAUAAUGCCUAUUUUUAUUCAAUUUUUUUCAUAUUUUUUAUAUUAUCUAAACCUAUCGAAAUACUAAGAAUUAGUCAAAUGUUAACUUUACGUUAGCAAUUUUGUUAGUAAUAUCAACUUGGCAACGUAAUAAUAUUGACGGGGAAGAGACACAUGAAGGUCAACAUUCCAAAAUUUUAGUAUUUUAAUUAAAAAAAGAGUUACAAAAUUAUUUACGAUAACAUAAAAAUGACUAAUAUUUUGAUGCAUUAUGAUAUAUUUGGCUAAUUAAUAGAAUUUUAAUAGGUUU